GGAGACAUGACGUCAUGGAGAGGCGACCAAAUGGAACGGACUGUUACCAUGGUGAAACAUAUUUCCCCAGGUUUUUUUAUCCCGUUUCCCAGUCGUGUCAGUCGGUCCAGUCGGACGGUAUGGCCGCGGAGGACGACGACGCUCUGCUGCUUUUAAUCUACCGGCACCUGAAGGUGAACGGCUACAAGAAAGCUGCCAAGGUGCUGGAGAAACAUGUUACACAGGUGGAGACACCAGAGGAGAGCUCAAACCUACAUGAUAUCUACACAGGCUGGAUGAAGCUUUGCUCUCUGGCCCAACACACCAAGCAGGAGACAGACGACUCCGACAUGUUAAAGAAGAGCAGCAUCAAACCUGAACCUGCCACCAGCGAAGAAGAAGAAGAAGAGGGCGUAGACACCAAACUGUCCAACGCAGCACAGGAAGAUGAUGAGGAUACCAAGCCUCCACCUGAGUCCAAGGUGGAUGGUGAGGAGUCCUCUGGUCCAGAGCUCACCUGCUCAGGUAAAGACGCUGAGUCCGUCUCUGAGCAGCUGCUCGACGCUGCAGGUGAAACCAAAGCAACAGACAAGGACAGCGACAAGGACUCUUCUGACAGUGAAGAGGAAGACAAGAAGAAGAAGAAGAAGGAGGAGGAGGAAACAAAAAUGGAGGAAGAGUCCGCUCCCGUCGGAGCAGCUGCCAAGGCAACAAACGGGGCAGAAAGCUCCGGCUCGGAUUCCUCUGACUGUGAGGAAGUGGCUGAACCCACAGAGGGCGACUCCGACACCCGGGCUGCCUCCGAUCAGACUGAGGAUCAACCCCAGGCCUCCAGCUCAGGAGGGGAGAGCAGUAAGGAGCAUGAAGAGGCCGGUGAUGAGCCCACACAGGAGGCAGAAACUGUCAUGGACGCCUCUAAUGCUGCAGAUGAAACCUCUGCAUCAGAGCAGACAGCUGUCAAUCAAACAGAGGCCACAGAGGAGGAGGGCAGCGCUGCAGAGAAGUGCACCCAGGCCGAGCCCACCAGCUCAGACCUGACGGCCGAGGAGACCAACGAGCAGCCGGCAGAGAGCGAAGCCCCGCCCCCCUCAGACCUUGACUCUGAAAAACCAAAAGAAGAAGAGGAUGAUGUAGAGGAGGAGGAGGAGGAGGAGGAGAAGGUCAGUGAGAACCAGACGGAGGUGUCGACAGCACCAGGUGACACUGAUGACCCCCCCGUCACCGACACUGAAAAGGCGACGGUGGCGGCUGCAGCAGAUCAAACCGACCCAGACGACUCCAUCAUCCUCAACAUUCAAGUCGACGACAGCGAAGCAGCCGAGCGAGAAACCAGCCGGCUGCUCCCCAUGGAGGCUGAGUCCUGCGAGGAGGCGAGAACUCCCAAGAAAAAGAAGAAGAAAAACAAAAAGGAAACAGAAACAGCAGAAACAGCAACCACAGAUACAUCCACCACAGAAACACUCAGUGACACUCCUCUUACCUCCAAGUCUGCCAAAAAGAAAAAGCGAGACAAAAAGAGAAAAGAGGAGGAGGAGCAGCAGCAGCAGCAGCAGCAGGAGGAGGAGGAGGAGGAGGAGGUGUCUCAGGUAACUCCAUCAGAGAAGAAGGCUAAGAAAAGGAAAAGGGAAAGAGAAGAGGUGGAAGAGAAAGACGAGGAAACUCCUGCCGCUCCUUCAGAAAAUAAAAUUAAAAAGAAGAAGAAGAAGGUUAAAGAUGUGGAAGAGGAGGAGAGAGAGGCAGGAGGAGCAGUAGAGGAGGAGGAGGAGAAGGUGGAGAAUCCUGAGAUAACAGAGGAGAAAAAGAAGAAGAAGAAAAAGAGGAAAAAGGAUGGAGGACUGGAGAAGGAGGUGGCACAGUCUGAUGAAACGCCAGCAGGGGGCGACAAAGACACAGAAAAUAAACCAAAUGCAACAGCAGAUGGAGACUCCUCUCUGAUCUCCUCAACCAAAAAGAAACGUCUCAGGAAGAAACUCAGCCUGAAGAAGAGACUGAAGCUCAGGAAAGACGAGAUGAAGAUGAAGAAGAGGAAGAACAGCAAAUUCCCUGCAGGACAGACUGAGACCACAGGCAGAAAGAAACAAAAACAGAUGGAAGAAGUAGCGGAGGAGACGCCUCAGCGAAAACCAACCAAACGACCCAACCCCGCUCGAACCCUGGAGUACAACGACACGCCAAAGAAGAAAAUUAAAACGGAGCAGGAGGAGAAUUCCUCAAAGGAAAACCAACCUCCAAAGACGAAACCAAAGAAGAAGAAGAAGAAGAAGAAGGGACAGGUGGAGGAGGGGGGUGAAAGCAGUGCGGUGAGCGACCUGAGCUCCGAGCAUCUUGAAGUGGUCUCGUCGAAGAAGAAGAAAAAGAAGAGGAUGAAGGUUGAUGGAGGCGAGGAGAUGACAGGAAAUUCAACUCCAGUCCCUGCGAACGAGGACACACCCACAAAGAAGAAGAAGAAGAACAGGCUAAAGGAGAAACUUGAGGAGACAGAAGCUCCAGAUGUUAAGACUCCUACAGCUGUUUCUACGAAAAAGAAAAGCUCCAAAAAGAAGAUUUUCUCAGAUUAAAUCUGGAUGUCAGUGGAGGGGGGAUGAUUGUAUCUUGGACCUGAAAGACCCAGAAUUAACAGGACAAUCUGCAUGACGUUAGUGCCUUUAACUCCUGAUUCUUCAAUUUGAGAUGAAAGAAUUUUCUCUUCUAAGAAACAGAGAGAGAUUUCUGAGGGAACGUCAGUGUUUUCAGUCACAUUUUACUUUUGUUUUUGGUCUAAAACUGUGAAAACUAAACUAACUAUGGAAGCAGAAUGGCCAAAUUUAAAAUUAUUUUUUAAUACCAUUAUAUAAGAUAAGAAAGGUUAAAUUAUCUCAUUAUCUCAAGAAAUCUGCCUUUUAUUUUCUUACAUUAAUGAGAUAAAUUACUCUUAAUCUCUAAAUAAUGGCAUUAAAAAAUAAUGGCAGUUCUGAGCCUCCAUAACUAACUCAUACACCUUCAGUUUCUACAUAUUUACAAUUUACAAUUCUUUAUCAGAUUGAAACUUUAAUUAUACAGCUUUUUUAUGGCAGAUCUGCUCUCAAGGUAAAAUUUAACCAACAUAACUGCGAUAUUUGAAAUAAUAAUGAGAAAUGAGAACUUCUCGUAGCCGUGACCUCCUUUUUUUCCUUUUCCUUUUUUUACUAUUGUACCAAACAUUAACAACAUUUUUUUUUUUCCUUUCUCUUGACCUUGUAUGCAAUAAUAAUAAAAAUAAUAAAAUAAAUAAAUAAUAUGAGUCACAGUUGAAGUGGGAAUGGUGGAAAUGUUAAUAUUGCAUUUGGCCAUCUUGAAAUUUCAAUCAGUUAUUCAGUUCUAGUUGCACUCAGCUCUACAUUGCUUCUCUAUUAGUUUAAUUAUCGAUUAAUCAAUCGACAGAGAAUGAAUCAGAAAUUAUUUUGAUAAUUGAGGUUUAACCGUCUGGGUGUUUAACUGUAAUUUUUCAAGCAAAAAAUUCAAACAUUUGCUGGUUUAAUGUGAUAAUUUGAUGCUUUUCUUGGUUCUUUGGACUGUAGGUGAAAUAAAAUGAGCAGAACAUGAUCUCUGGCUUUGAGAAAUUAUAGUAAAACAACUUUUUUCCCCCAAAAGCAGCUGAACAAGAACUUCACCUUUAGACAAAAUGGUUUAAAUUGUUCAGAUUUUGAUUUAAAUCAAGAACUAUUUGAUUAACUACAGUGCUGCAACUAAUGAUUAUCUUUGCUAUCAAUCUGUUGAUUGCUUUUUCUAAAAAGAUAAAAGAUAUUUGAUAAUUUCAUUUUCAAACUGAAUAUUUAGCAGUGAAGUGAAAACAUUUGAAGGUCACAUCUGAUUAAUCAUAUAAGAACUUAACAGAUGAUCAAAAGAAAAUUUGGUUGCAAACAUUUCUGAUGAAUUAAGACGUCCGAGCAGGAAUUUGACUCUUGGAUUUCAAUUAGCUUGAAAUAAGAUGUUUAAUAAAUGUUGAGGUUCGAUACUCAGCCUGACUUAUUUCAGCUCUGCCUUAGAGAAACAUUUGUAUAAUUAAAGCUACAAUCUUCAUCUCAGCAACAGUGAUAGAAAUUCUUACUUUCUUACCGUUGUCUUCCUGCCGGUUCGACAGAUGAGCUUUGUGUCGGGAACAAGCUGUGAAACAUUUCAGAACAGGUCGUGUUUGAGCAACAACGUCAGAGAAUAUUAUGAUGGGAGGAUCUUCGUAGUUAGAGUCUAUUUCUGAGCUUUUUUAGUUUUGUUGUUUCACUAACUCCUGUUGCAUAAGAUGUGAUUUUCCUUUUCUUCCUCUGUCGGUCAUAAAACUGUGAAGUUCUGUGUUUUUUUUAUUUGGAAACUGUUUUGUUUACUGUGUUCUGUUGUUUGCACCAUUUUUCUUAACAAAUCCCAUGAGCUAUUAACUAUGCACCUGAUUAAAUGUUGUUGUUAGAGGGGAGAUAUUUACACGUUUCACUACCUGGAUGUUCCUGAGAAGCAACAUGUUCACGUCUCUGUAGGACACAGAAAAAGAAAAUAAAUCAAUCUCUCCAGCAGCUUUAA